ACUUCCGGGUGGUGUCACGAGAAUUUGUUCACGACCCCUUCCUGUAAAUGGUUCCGCCGUGUUGUGAAUCGCGCGAGCUACUGUAUCAUCUUCCAUGUUGAAUUAUGUUUUAAUUAUUUUAAAAACGAUUUAGACUUUAACACUAUUACAGGCGUUAAACAGCAAGUUUACUUAUUCAUAUUCAUCGUGACUGUCGGUUUUUCUUGGACACUGAUCGCACGAGGAAAAGUCGAGAUGGAUGGCUUGGCUGUAGCUCAAGGAUAGGGCGAUCAGGGGAUUAGUACGGAAGGAUGCCACACGCUGACAGAGUCUGGAACUCUAGGAAACGGCUGGCCCCUGUGAGUGAUGACGUAGCCGAUCACUGGUUGUUUCGGAGGAGACAGAAAAGAUGCCCUUUGACCUCUUUAAAUCACUGCAGUAAACCGAGACAACACGCCUGACUACUUCACAGCUGUUACAUUGAGGACCUUAAAAACAUUGAAAUCCAACAAAAAAAAUGAAUAUUCUGUCUGCUAUAAUUGUGUUUGAGAACCUCCAUGAGGUCAAAAGGCUUUUCCACUGGGGUCCGAUCAUCGCUCUGACGGUCAUUGGCGUGUGCUCCUCCAUGGCCAUACUAGACUCCAUAAUCUGGUACUGGCCAUUGGACACCACUGGAGGCAGCAUCAACUUCAUCAUGCUCAUUAACUGGACUGUCCUCAUUCUUUACAACUACUUUAAUGCCAUGUUUGUCGGCCCUGGUUACAUACCUCUGGAGUGGAAACCGAUGAAUUUUCAGCAGCCAUUAUUCCAGUCUUCAGUGUCACAUGAUCCUUCUGAAAUCAUUCUAGAGAAUCAACAAGAUGUAAUGUACUUACAGUUCUGUAAAUUGUGCCAAGGCUAUAAAGCCCCAAGGUCGCAUCACUGUCGCAAGUGUAACAGGUGUGUGAUGAAGAUGGAUCAUCAUUGUCCCUGGAUCAACAACUGUUGUGGUCACAUGAAUCAUGCGUACUUCACAAGCUUUCUCCUGCUCGCUCCACUGGGCUGCAUACACGCCGCACUAAUAUUUAUCAUGACUACGUACACUCAACUUUAUGAUCGGAUCUCAUUUGGUUGGAGCUCAGUGAAGAUUGACAUGAGCGCUGCUCGGCACAUCCACAAUCCCAUCAUGCCUUUCAGCAUUGCAGCAUUUGCAGCCACUCUUUUUGCACUGGGACUGGCUCUGGGGACCACUAUUGCAGUUGGGAUGUUGUUUUUUAUUCAGAUGAAGGUGAUUCUUCGAAACAAAACCUCAAUAGAAGCAUGGAUUGAGGAGAAAGCCAAAGACAGAAUCCAAUACUACCAAACAGGUGAAGACUUCAUCUUCCCCUAUGACCUGGGCAGCCGAUGGGAGAACUUCAAGCAGGUGUUCACAUGGUCUGGUACCCCCAUGGGAGAUGGAAUCGAAUGGCCUGUGCAUGAGAAGUGUAACCAGUAUACUCUAACCAUUGAGCAGCUGAAGCAAAAACAUGAUAAACGCCAGAGGAGUGUGGAAUACAGAGUGGUGGAGGACUACAACGGGGCUUGUUGCCCUUUGGGAAAGGGAUUAAACACUUUCUUUAGGACACCUUGUACAGAGGAACCCAGAAUCAAACUCACAAAGGGGGAGACGAUCUUUGCUACAAGAGGAACAAAGUGGUGGAUGUAUGGGGACAAAGUUUUGAAUGAGGAACAGGCUAAAGCUGAAGUUCGUAUUAGAGGAUGGUUUCCACGCAGAUGUGUCGAGAAGUGUCACUAUGACUCAGCGAAUAAUUCCACAAGUGAAGAAAAGAAAGAGCAAUGAUACAGAAUUGUACAUUUCACAGCUCGCUUUGAACAGAGCACCUAAUAUUAGGGCCUGAACCCUGCUGAGAUGCAAAUAUCUUUCUGAUUCUUUUGUAAAGCUGUUCAAUGGCACCAGCGCUUAGUGUUGAAGCAAACUGAUACUGACACCCCAAAGUUAUUAACUUGUGUAACUUAAUAACAUUUCAUUUCCAAAGAACAGCUGCCAGAGAAAAAAAAAUGGGAUUGAGGCAUAUGGCAGCAUAUUCUUUAAAGGGGGUUAUUAAGAUGUUUACUUGAAACUUAUUCUUGCCUUUCUCUUUCGCUUGCUCUUUCUCGUACAUUGAUGCCCACACUGAUUAUGCAAAGCCUUUUUCCAGUUGUAACAAAGUCUUUGUCAUGCAAAUUUUCUGAAUUGUUUAUAUAGUUGAAAUAAUUUUACUUUAUUUUUGAUGGCUUUUUUUUUUUUUUUUGUAAAACUGAUGUCAACCUCAAGUUUUCAGAGACAAAUAAACAACCAUGAUCUGUAAAA